AUGUUAAAGUUGAGUUUUAGGCGCGUUGUUUCUUCUAUAGGGAAGGCCGAGGAGAGCCAAAGGUUGAUCAAAGUGCAAUGCUACUCUAUGAAAGACACUGCCAACUUUUACAAGAGGCCUAUUGAAGGGCUUACCGUUGUCGUUGAUUUGGACACGAAAGAAGUGCUGAAAAUAACUGAUAACGCUGCCAAGGUAUCUGAAUCUGGCCUACCAUUGCCACCAACUGGCAUGGCUGCUCAUGUUGUUGAAGAAGAUGUGGAAGUUGUUGAAAUGGAGGAAAAGGCCCACGUGGUUAUAGUAGCUACACUUUUAUACAGAUUUGGUGGAAAUGCAACUUUCAUAAGUGAAUUGCUAUUUGCUUAUUUGGCUUGGAAGCAUUUGAAUUCUACUUCAAGGGACUGCCACGUCAUUGAAACAAUCAUUCUUUACAUGGGAGAUGACAAGAAUGUAGAUAUCGAUGGACCUGAUGAGGAGAUGGUAGAAGUGGGCAUUGUUUGA